AUGGAGAGCAGAAAGGACAUGGUUAUGUUUCUGGAUGGGGGUCAGCUUGGCACUCUGGUUGGCAAGAGAGUCUCCAAUUUGUCCGAAGCAGUGGGCAGCCCGCUUCCCGAGCCGCCCGAGAAGAUGGUGCCCCGCGGUUGCCUGAGCCCGCGAGCCGGACCUCCGGCCGCCCGGGAGCGCGGCGGGGGAGGCCUGGAGGAGGAGCCGGUCGACGGACUAGCAAGCAGCGCUGCGGGGCCGGGCGCGGAGUCGCGGGCAGCCGGGGCCGCCGUGCUCGGCCCCGGACCUCCGGCCACCUCGGCCGACAGCCUCUCAGGCCAGGGGCAACCCAGCAGCUCGGACACAGAAUCGGAUUUCUAUGAAGAAAUCGAGGUGAGCUGCACCCCGGACUGCGCCACGGGGAACGCCGAGUACCAGCACAGCAAAGUGGCUGGCUCUGAAGCACUGGCCAGCAGUCCCAAUGGCAGCAGCGAGGCUCCCAAAAGCAACAGCAGUGGGGGCUCCCAGGGCACCCUGGCCUGCAGUGCCAGUGACCAGAUGCGACGAUACCGUACUGCCUUCACCCGGGAGCAGAUUGCACGGCUGGAGAAGGAAUUCUACAGGGAGAACUACGUAUCCAGGCCCCGGAGAUGCGAGCUGGCAGCUGCCCUAAACCUGCCAGAGACCACCAUCAAGGUGUGGUUCCAGAACCGGCGCAUGAAGGACAAGCGGCAGCGGCUGGCCAUGACGUGGCCGCACCCGGCCGACCCCGCCUUCUACACGUACAUGAUGAGUCACGCGGCGGCCGCGGGCGGCCUGCCCUACCCCUUCCCGUCGCACCUGCCCCUGCCCUACUACUCGACGGUGGGCCUGGGCGCCGCGUCCGCCGCGUCCGCCGCCGCCUCUCCCUUCAGCGGCCCGCUGCGUCCGCUCGACACCUUCCGCGUGCUCUCGCAGCCCUACCCGCGGCCCGAACUGCUGUGCGCCUUCCGCCACCCGCCGCUCUACCCGGGCCCGGCGCACGGACUGGGCACCGCGGCCGGCGGCCCCUGCUCCUGCCUCGCCUGCCACGGCGGCCCGGCCAACGGGCUGGCGCCCCGCGCCGCCGCUGCCGCCGCCUCGGACUUCACCUGUGCCUCCACCUCCCGCUCGGACUCCUUCCUUACCUUCGCGCCCUCGGUGCUCAGCAAGGCCUCCUCCGUGGCGCUGGACCAGAGGGAGGAGGUGCCCCUCACCAGAUAA